UACAUAACGCACACGUCGCACAAUUCGUCAGUAUAUCGGAUUUUGCCGGGCAAUUAGUGACCAUGUAAAGUAUCACAACAUGCACCACACCACCGGAUUGCGCCGCCAUAAUGCAUCUUUUAUCGGGAUAUUAUAUCGUACUUCUUAUUGUGACAGUAUUAUUAUGUGCACAGACAUCCCUAGCGGUGAUACAAUUACAGGAUCGGCAGUCAAGUUUACUGAGCGGCAGCGGCGGCGUAACUUGCUCGCAGUCGAUGUACACGGGAACUAUCGCGGAUACCGCCCAGCCCGGCACCUUCGUGCUGCGCGUCUCGGCCACAGAUAGCGCGGGAGGCACGGUUAAGUACCAUCUGCCGGAUAGCACGCUGACUAAAUUCCACGUCCAUCCCGCCACCGGUGAUGUCACCGUCACCUCCUCCCUACUGCGCAUGUUUAUGGGCAAGCGCUUCCGGGCCAGCUUCGACUUCCAGGUCCGCGCCAAUUCCGUUUCCAACCCCAACAAUUUUUGCGAGAGCAUCGUGCGAGUCAACCUGGUGUCCACCAACCGGCAGGAGUCGCCGAUAUCGGCCGCCCUGAUCUUUGGCCAGAACAGUUACCAGUUCACGGCACCGGGCUGCGCCAUCGGCUCGACCGUGGGCCAGAUCGCCGCCCAGCCAACCACGGACGGCUCCUUCGUCACCUACUCCAUCGCCAACGGAAACCCCUACUACGCCAUCAACUCCCAGACGGGGGUGGUCUUCAUUGCCGACAUCCCGCCGUCCGGCACCCAGUCCCUGACGGUCAUCGCCCAGAGCGGCAGUCGGCAGAGCAUCGCCGUCUCCGUCCCGGUUACCAUCAACGCCCACUGCAACGGCGCCAAGCAGGGUACCGUGCCCACCAUCGGGACGGACCCCGCGGGGGGUGGCACCGGUGGCGGCCUGUUCAGCCAGAGCUCCUACUCUUUCACCACCAGCACCUGCACGAGCGGUGUCGGAGGCGGGACACCGGUGGGGCAAAUCUUCUCACAGGCCUUCGGCUCGACGGUGCUGUUUUCUAUUUCUCCAGCCAACAACCUCUUCAGUAUCAAUUCCCAGACCGGCCAAAUCUCCUCCGUUGGGCCGCUGCCGCCCGGCACCAACACCAACACUCUCACGGUGACGGCGUCCUCCAGUAGCGGCCAGAUGGGCACUGUGCCGGUGACAAUAACCAGUAUCUGUCCGGGUGGCGGUACCGGAGGCGGUGGUGUGCCUACACCAUCCCCCGGUGGCGGAGGCGGUGCCGUUACCAGCCCGGUCAACUUCUUCCAGACCAGUUACCAGUUCACGUCAACGGCCUGCACGACGGGAUCGGUGGUGGGCACCGUUUCCGCACAGUUCUUUGGCGACGGAUUGCAGUACUCCAUACAAGGUGGUAACGCGUUUUUUGCGAUAAAUCUCGUCAAUGGACAGAUAACCAUCAGUAAUCCACCGCCUCCUGGAACCUGGUCGCAGACGUUAACGGUUGUGGCGACGACACCACAAGGCCAACAAGCCACGGUCCCGGUGACCAUUACUAGCACCUGUCAGUCAACCAUCACUAGCGCCCCCUCUACCACUGCCCCCACGAUUCCCAGCGCCGGCUUCUCGCAACCGUCCUAUGUCUUCACUCUUAACAACUGCGCUGCCGGGGUCACCGUCGGCAAUGUUUUGGUACCUGGUCUGGGCAACAAUCCCGUCUACACCAUCCAGCCACCUGGAAGUCCCUUUUUCACCGUCAACUCCGUCACCGGGCAAAUCACCAGCCUCCAGGCCCCGCCGACCGGUCCACAAUCCUUCAACGUGCAGGCGGUGACCUCCACCGGCCAGACGUUCAUUGCACCGGUCACCGUCUUUACCGUGGAUGCCGGCCCGGUAUUCCCGCCAUCCCUCAGCUUUUUUCACGUAGCCUGCACCGUGGGCACCCCAGUGGGACAGGUGUCGGCAUCUUCCUGUGGCACCGGUGUAGUCUACAACAUCAUCGGCGGCAGUCAGUUCUACAGCAUCAACCAGAAUACUGGACAGAUAGCCAUCCUCACCGUUCCGCCUGCCGGCUCCCAGCGCUUGGUCAUCCAGGCCACUGCCCUCUCGGGUCAAACCGCCACGGUGCCCGUAGUGCUGACCUCCAACUGCAAUAACGCCGGCAUUUCACCGCCGGUUCCGGUGCCGGGCGGGGGGCAGCCUCCUCCCUCCGGCGUCGUUUACGGGGUGCCGACGGGGCCGCUGGUGUCGGUGAAUCCCUACGCUGCCUAUCAGUCGGUGCUGGCCAACGCCUACACCAAUCAGCUACUGCAGUAUCAACAGUACCUCCAGUCGCUGGGGAAUAUCGUUCAAAACAGCCAAUCCAACCUGAUUAACCAUGGCAAACCACCCUAUAACGGAAGAGUCACGCAGCAUCAACAUCAACAACAACCACACCAGGAAAUAGAACAUGGUCGCUAUGGACAUGAUCGGCCGAGUCACAUGCCGCAGGGCGGUCUCCAGAAAUAAUACGCCUGACUGAAUUCAUUUUUUCCUGCAUUUUCUCAGUCAUGCCACAAAAACGUUUGGUGCAAAAACGAGUAUCUGUAUAGUUCAUAAUGUCUGUAACCUGUAAAAAUUUCUACUGGUACGUUCUUUUCA